AUUGAGGCAUCUACCGUCUACACUCUACGGCCCACUUCCUAGUUCCUACACAUAACACAAUACACAGCAAUCAGCAUAGUGCAUACAACUACACUCUUGACUCUACAGUUGAGAAAGUUUAUUAUUUCACUGUUCAUUCUAAAAUAAAAUGGCUACUGAGGUCGAGGAAACUAUCAAAAGAAUUCAAGCUCAUAAAGGUGUUAUGGGUGUCGUCAUUGUAAACCACGAAGGUAUUCCAAUAAAGACGUCAUUGGAUAAUGCAACUUCUGUGUUAUAUUCUGGUCUUAUAAGUCAGCUGACAGAAAAAGCAAGGAAUGUUGUUCGUGAAAUGGACUCCACGAAUGAGCUGACAUUCCUUAGAGUUAGGAGCAGGCGCCAUGAGAUAUUGAUUGCCCCUGAUCGAGAAUUCAUACUUAUUGUUAUUCAAAAUACAUCUGACUAGUCCGUGUAUAUUCUCAUAAAUACUAAGGGUAAAAAAGUAAAUAUUUGAAUUAAGAUAUGUGCUAAUUACAAACACCUUAAUAAAUUGGCUAUACAAAUGUGAAAAGGUAUUAAAAGUAAAUCUUUAUUCAAAUACAUUUACAUAUUUAUUUAUUUUACCUUUAGUAUUUAUGUAAACUUCUCUUAUGACAAGCAUUGUAUUCAGUUUAGUACAUGAGUUUUUUUAAUUAUUUGCUGUGAUUACUAAAUUUAAAAACAUAAUUUUGUAAUAAUAUGUUAUUUCACUUAAUUUUUAAAAUCUCUCAGUAAAUGUGUGACGUCACAGAACAAUGACAUAACCAGGUUAACAAUUAAGCUUAAUUUUUUGUGGCUAUUAUUUAUUUUAAUAAACUUUACACUAAUA